AUGGCUGAUGCUGCUAUCGUUGUUCCUUUUGGUGUACUGAAGUCUCAGACCAAAACAUUUGAUCCUAAACUUCCGAACCAGAAGGAAGAAGCCAUUGAGGACAUAGGGGUGGGAAUUGCAGAUAAGAUUGUGUUCUGGCUAAAAGUAGAGUCAUUGGUUGUUAUUGCAGAGACAUCAUAUGGCUACAGUAGCUGCUGUUAA